AAUCGAAUUGACGACUUCGGUGUUUGGUGGAAACUAGAUCUAUGGAUCGCUCAUUCCAGUAUGUAUAGAGUUCAGUGAUGUCACAUGUCACUAGCGCCCGACAAAAUAUCGAGGAUCAACGCAUAUUGCGUUAAUAGAAUUAAUUAAAUCGUCAUCGAAACGCAGGAUGGAAUUAAUCCGAAACGUAUGGAGAAAGUCCACUUUCAUAUACAAAAACGGAGUGCAGUGUGUAUCUGUGAGACACAGCGGCACCACAACAUCAAACGUAGCCGAGGUAGCGGUAUUUUCACGGGACGGUGAUUCCGGACUGACAAUCACAGAUGCCGGAGACACGAAGCCGAAGGACGAUAUGAUUUUCAACGCUCUCGGAGCGACCGACGAGCUGUCCUCUUACAUAGGAUUGGCGAGAGAAUUCGCCUGCGAUGGGAAGAUUGAACAUCCGUAUGUCGAUAAACUUAAGAGAGUGCAAAUGAUUUUAUUCGAUUUAAGCCACGCCAUAUCAAAGUCGAUACCUGGGAAAACCAGAUCCUUUGAAAGCAAGCAUACCAAAGACCUCGAAGAAUGGAUUCUCGAAUAUGCGAAUCAACUCCCUCCUCCAGAGGAUUACAUCAUUCCAGGCGGUGGCAAAGCAUGUGCCUCCUUACACGUUGCACGAACAGUAUGUAGGCGAGCAGAGAGAAGUAUUACAACACUAGUGCGAGAUGGUGCUUUGGAUAAAGAGGCACAAACGUAUUUGAAUAGAUUAUCAGACUUCCUAUUAACAGUAUCGCGCAUAGCGGCCAAAUGUGAUCAACGUACGGAGAAUAUUUAUAUUCCAAGAGCAGAAGUGACAGAGGAGAAAUUAAAGGACUGAGAUCUAGAAAUUUUUGUAGGAUUUACAAUAAUUCUUUUUGCACUGAAAAUAUAUAAAUAGUCAACAGCUGUAUAUGACAAUUAAAGUAUAACUAUAAAGAAUGACUAGCAUCCUGAUACUGUAAUGAAUUACUUCAUUUGUUUUCAAAUGCCUACAUUGCUUAUUACUCAUCAAACAGUAUAUAUUUUGCAGAGAUUGGAUAUGUAUCAUAAUACAUAUAUCUUAAAUUGACAGUUUCAAACAGAAUACAAAUAGUUAUAAAUAAGAAAAGUAUACUGUAAUUAUUAUAGCUGCAAUCUCAAUAAAAAAAUAUUUAUUGCAAUUUUA